UCCGCCCGCCCACUGGUCCGGCAUCCGGCUCUCGACGAGUUCGAUGCGCCGGUGGUGGUUGCUGCAUACAUCCUGCCUUGGCUCCUCGUCGUCAUUCACCUCACUCCAAAAUGCCCCUCACCACAACCCUGACAGAGGCCCUCUCUCUGCGUGUCCCCGUAGUCCAAGGUGGCAUGCAAUGGGUCGGCGUGCCUCAACUAGUGGCCGCAGUGUGCAAUGCCGGCGGUCUAGGCAUCCUCACGGCCCUCACCCAGCCUUCACCCGACGCCCUGCGAAGUGCGAUCAGAGAAACAAAGUCCCUCCUCCGACCUGAGGUCCUCAAUCGAUGCCAACGCUACAAUCUACCCUUUGCCGUCAACAUUACCCUCCUCCCCAGCAUCAACCCGCCGGACUAUGCGGGCUUUGCGCGGGCGGCCAUCGAGGAGGGAGUUAGGAUAUUCGAGACUGCAGGCAACAACCCUGGGCCGCUGAUCAAAGAAUUGAAGAAGGAAGGAGCAUAUGUUCUCCACAAGUGCACGACUAUCAAGCAUGCGAUCAGUAGUCAGAAGAUGGGCGUUGAUUGUCUGAGUAUCGAUGGGUGGGAGUGCGCCGGUCAUCCUGGUAAUCAACCCCUCGGCGGACUCGUCCUGUUGGCUCGAGCAUCAGAAUCGCUCCAUCUGCCUUACAUCGCAAGCGGUGGUAUCGCAAAUGGCCAGGGCCUCGCCGCCGCUCUUUCCCUUGGAGCCUGUGGGGUCAACAUGGGCACGAGGUUCUUGGCGACAAAAGAGGCCGUGAUCCACGAGAAUGUCAAAAACUGCAUGGUGGGAGCCACUGAGCUUGACACCGUACAUAUCCUGACCAGCUUCAAGAAUACAGCCAGGGUGUACAAGAACAAGGUUGCUGAGGAAGUCGUCCGCCUCGAGUCUCAAGGGGCUGCCUUUCCAGAAGUUCAACCCCUCGUUUCCGGGCAAAGAGGACGUCGCGUCUACACGGAAGGGGACGUCGAAGCUGGCGUCUGGAGUGCCUCUCCCGUUCUGGGGCUCAUUCACGACGUGCCGACAUGCCAGGAGCUGCUUGAUACCAUGGAGAGAGAUGCGGAGGAGAGGAUCGAGAGAAUGGCAGGAUUGGUGGCACGGAAGAAUGGGGCGGGCCAGAAGAGGGAGGCAAGACUGUAGACGGUGCGAAAUCGAGGAUGUGGCUACCAUUACAGGGCUCAGAA